AUGGAUGUUAAGCAUUUGAUUAGCACUAAGGGAGGUCAUAUACUAGCAUGCAGAUUUGCUACUUGGAGGAAACUGCAAUGCUGGAUUAUAAUGCUAGUUCUUGCUGUCGGCUUCGUCGUCAUUUCCUCACUUGUGCUAACAACCACAGACAAAAAUCCAUAUACACAACUUCUAUUUCCUGUUCAAAGGGAUCUAAAAUGUAUUUGUCAAGAGAAAGAAGGCGGCCGACUUAAAUAUGUUAUUCAUGAAGAUGAUGCAUGUAGUAAGGGGGGCGAGGAAGUGUUUUUAUUUAUUGCUGUUUCUGUCUCCUCGUCAGGCUUUAAACAACGAUCCGUUAUUCGGAAUACUUGGGGAUCUAUAGUACAUAAUAACAAUAAAGUUAAAUUAUUGUUUUUCUUGGGGAAUCCGAAUGAUACGAAAAUUCAGCGCGCCAUUUUAAACGAAAGUGAACAUUAUCACGAUAUUGUACAAGACAAUUUCAUGGAUUCAUAUAGAAAUCUUACUUUGAAAUCUAUAUUUAUUUUGAAAUGGACCAGUAAAUUCUGUGUGAACACGAGCUAUGUGUUGAAGGCAGACGAUGAUAUGUUUAUAAAUGUACCGUAUCUAAUAAAUUACUUAAACUCUACUGAAAAACGUAACGCAGUGAUUGGUCAAAGAAUCGCUUUGUCAAAACCCAUCCGCAACAAAACAUCGAAAUGGUACACUUCGGAGAAGAUGUAUAGAGACAAAUAUUAUCCAUACUACACCAGUGGAACUAGUUACGUCAUAUCCGGUGAUAUUUUGACCAAACUGUACCAAUCGACCUUCACUGAACCAUUCUUUUGGCUCGAAGAUGUUUACAUCACUGGCCUAUGUAGAAAAAGGAUAAAAGCUGAUAUUAUUGACAAUUGGGAUUUCUCCUGUCUAUAUCGUGCCCCUCGUGGAUGUGUAUAUAAAAAUGUAAUAUCUGGACAUAAGAACUCCCCAGAGGAAAUUACACAGAUCUGGCUGGAGCUGAACAACCCAUACUUAAAUUGUAGUUCCUAG